AUGACUUCGUGUGUUGGCGAUGGAUUUCCUCCUGCUCUUGAUGCUACUGCAUGGGCUUCAGAUGAGCUUAACAUUGACUCAGCCCUUCUGUACGUUAUUGACAACGAUGGUGAUGAAGAUCCUUUUCGCACCCUCGGAGACAUAGCAGAGUUUGAGUUGGGCCCACAGUCUGCAAAACCCUCCUCCGACAAUAGCAUCCUUGCCUCCAUUAAGCGCAGGCUGCAUCUAUUUAAUGACGGCGGCCAGCAAGUGAAGAGCUACGCUGGAGGCCAAAGUCUUUUGAAUGAAGUAGUCAAGGGCCUGCGAGCAAUCAUGGCUGCACGAAGAAGUCCGGCAAAUGAUCCCCGCGCUCAGCAGAACGCGGGUGAUAAUCAAGACGUUAACGCUGGUGAAGAUGCUCAACCCAAUAAUGGUGGAGACACUCAAGCCAAUAAUGUUGGAGGUGUUGGUGAGCAAGUGUUUGAUGAAAAAAGUGAUAGAGGUUCUCCCUUCGAAUCACCGUUCUUGGACGGAGAAGUCAUCGACGUGUCCGGAACUCAGGACAAUUAUGCCGCUGAUGGUUGA